CAACAACGAAAUUCAAAAAAGCCAAAAUACAACGACCCUUGGGCUAGGAGAGAGGCCUGGCGAAGCAAUCCACUCUUUGGUAUCGGCAAGUUCCACAAGAAGCUCUUACCAGGUUUUGGUACAGCCGUAGUUGCAUUCACAGCAUACGUUUUGGCGGAGAAAGUACUUGAAGCACCUCAGCCAGAGAAGAAGCAUCACUAAUUGUACACUACAUCUUAUUUCUGAUUACAUCUAAACCAACUUCAUAUACACCUAAGAAAACUGCACCACCUGCUGAAAUCCAGGUUACGCGUGGUACUACUCCGGAAAAGAAGGCUUUAUAUCCCCCUUGUUGGUAUACCUUGCGGAUAACUUCGGUAAAGCUGAUACGCUGAGACUAUUAUUAGACGGUCUUCUAUCAAUGAAGAGCUACUCACCUCCUUCGAUAACAUCGUCCUUGUUUUUAUUACAUCCAGUGGUGUCGUCGUUGCUGCUGCUACCGCACCUGCGAUCGUACCACAGAGUGCACCCUCGUACGGUCUAGCGUGAUCUCUAUUUCUAUACUUUGCAACCCGUGAUUUGAGGUAUUCAUAUAGUGGAAAUUGUAUGCUCGUGAACGGUAUCUCUCUAAAAACUGUGAUACCAAAUCCUCUAUAAAAUCCGUUUAAGCCCUCCUGUGAGAGUAGUAAUUGAGCUGCCUUUAGACUGCUAACACUGCCGUAUGCCAUUGUUUGCUGUCUAGAUUUUACUACUUCGGUUGGAACUCGUAUCAAACAUGCAGCAGUUUCACCACCUGAACCAGCCAACAUGUGAACUGCAGCGUCUGGGAUAGUAGACAAGCUCGAAAUCUGUGGAAUAGCCUUCUUUAGUCCUUCAUAUGUCGUGAAGAAUGCGGCAGCU